UCACCAUCACACAGCUGCAGGCUAACAGCAGCUUUAGCUCCGGACUCAGUGCACUGCAGCUCUCCUUCCCUCUCUCUCUCUCUCUCGCUCCCUCACCCUCUCUCUCUCACGCAGCUAGCUAACAGCUGUUCUCUGGAUCCCUCCAUCCUGACCGGACUAACGUGCGCGGCCGAGCGGAGCUAAUGAACGAGCUGGUGCGGAACUUGCCGUCCCCGAGCCUCCCGGGGCUCCACCUGCCGUGCGCGGGCACCUACAAGGGCUGGCUCUUUAAAUGGACCAACUACCUGAAGGGCUACCAGAGGCGCUGGUUCGUCCUCAGCAACGGCCUCGUGUCCUACUACAGGACUAAGGCAGAGAUGGGACACACUUGCCGGGGCACCAUCCCCUUGGCCACAGCGCACAUCGAGGUGGGUGACACCUGCCACAUGGUGUUGACCAGCGGAGGCCGAAGCUACCACCUGAAGGCCACGUCUGAGGCAGAGUGUCAGCGCUGGGUGUCAGCUAUGCAGGAAGCAAAGGCCAACGCCACGCUCCUGAUGCCUCACUCAGAUGACUCAGGAGAUGAAGGCCCCGUACCUCAGGAGGACCGUGCCCUAACCCAAGGGGUGCUCAAGACUCUGGCCGGCAAGCUGGACGACCUGAGCACCUGCAACGAUCUGAUCGGAAAGCACGGCGCCGCUCUCCAGCGUUCCCUCAGCGAGCUCGAGGAGCUGCGUGGAUCCGUAGACAGCCCCGACCGAGUGAAAGCUGUGAACGAGCGAGCCACCCUGUUCCGCAUCACCUCCAAUGCUAUGAUCAAUGCUUGUCGGGAUUUUCUGGACGUAGCAGAAUCUCAGAGCCGGAGGUGGCAGAAGGCCCUGCAGCAUGAGAGAGAACAGCGCCACCAUCUGGAGGAGACCAUCGAGCAGUUAGCCAAACAGCACAACAGCCUGGAGAGAGCCUGGAGAGAGAAUCCCACCUCGUACACAGGUGUGGCUAGGUCUCAGGAGGGGGAUGCAAGUGAUGAGAAUGAUGACGCAGAGUUCUUCGAUGCCAUGGAGGACUCCACUGGAUUCAUAACCGUGACAGCCAGUGACAACAUACAGCACAAGCGCUCGGGGAGUAAUCAGAGUAUGAUGAGUGGAGGAGUGCCCAAUGACUGGACUCACAAUGAGAAUGAGACAUCCGGCACAAACCAGGUGCAGCUUCGAAAAACAAGACGCAGCCGUAUUCCUGACAAACCAAAUUACUCCCUCAAUCUCUGGAGCAUCAUGAAGAACUGUAUUGGCAAAGACCUGUCCAAGAUACCAAUGCCUGUAAACUUCAACGAGCCGCUGUCGAUGCUGCAGCGUCUGACUGAGGAUCUGGAGUACAGCGAUCUCCUGGACCGAGCAGCUCGCUGCGACUCCACCCUGGAGCAGAUGUGCCUGGUGGCGGCCUUCUCUGUCUCCUCGUACUCCACCACAGUCCACCGCACAGCCAAGCCCUUCAACCCUCUGCUGGGGGAGACCUACGAGCUGGACCGACUGGAGGAGUACGGCUACCGCUCCAUUUGUGAACAGGUGAGUCACCACCCACCAGCCGCCGCCCACCACGUGAUGUCACAGAAGGGAUGGACGCUGUGGCAGCACAUCACUAUCGACAGCAAGUUCCGUGGGAAAUAUAUUUCUGUCGUGCCAUUAGGAAACAUACACCUGCAGUUCCACUCCAGUGGAAACCGCUAUGUGUGGAGCAAAGUGACCUCAACGGUGCACAACAUUAUUGUGGGAAAACUUUGGAUUGAUCAGUCGGGGGACAUUGACAUUGUGAACACCACCACCAAGGACACCUGCCGUCUCAAAUUCUCCCCCUACAGCUACUUCUCCAGAGAUGUCCCACGGAAAGUGACAGGCGUGGUCGAGGACAGGGAGGGCACGGCUCAUUACAUCCUUUCAGGGACCUGGGACGACAAGAUGGAGAGUGCCAAAAUAGUGGACAGCAGCAAAGGAUGUGGUGGCUCUGAAGGCAAACAGAAGACGGUUUAUCAGACGCUUCAGCCCAAACUCCUCUGGAAGAAAUACCCUCUCCCAGACAAUGCAGAGAACAUGCACUUUUUCUCCUCCCUGGCUUUGACUUUGAAUGAACAGGAGGAGGGGGUUGCACCCACUGACAGUCGUCUGCGGCAGGACCAGCGGCUAAUGGAGGCCGGUCUGUGGGAUGAAGCCAACGGCCAGAAGCAGCGACUGGAGGAACGUCAGAGGGUGGAGAGGAAAAAACGUGGCGCGCAAGCCAAUCAGGCACUUGAGGAGGGGCAACAAGACAUCGAGGGCUACGAGCCACUGUGGUUUCAAAAGAGGACUGACGACACAACGGGAGAAAAUACUUACACCUACAGGGGCGGCUACUGGGAAGCCAAAGACAGCCAGGACUGGACCCAAUGCCCCGAGAUUUUCUAAAAGACAAAAUGUUCCCAUUCACCAGAGCAUCAAAUCUGCUGAGUGGUUCCUUCUGAUGUGAGGAAUCUCUGUGAGUUAUGUGUGUGUGGGUGUGUGUGUGUGUGUGUGUGCCCGUGUGUGCGUGUGCGCAGUUGCAGAAUUUCCUGCACAAGGCUCCAACUCCAAGUGACUGAUCUACUUUAUCCCUUCUGUUAUAGCUUGUGUUUACAUAAUGCAGGGCCUCACUUCAGCAGAGAGUUCUUUAUGUGUGUGUGAAUGUGCGUGUGAGGCUGUAAAGAAAACUUCCAUUUCCUGGGGUGAGAGUAUGUGUAAGGGAAUAACCUAGGGGGCAAGGAGUGCUGCAAAUGUUUUGGUACAAGCACUGAAUGUCUUGUUCUCCUCGAAGCUGGAACACGAUCCUCACGCUGGGCUGCGCCAGAGACAUAAAACUUUGAAAGGACCGUUGCAGGAUGAAGCAUUGUUAUGGGCAGAGAAGGAUUUUUUCACAGCAGAACUUCAUUCACUGAUCCAGCUGAUACUUGGAGAUUUUUUUUUUACUAUUCUAUUUCUUAAAAUUGCACAAACUGUAUUUUCAAGGAUUUACAGUUACAGUCGGCUGUGACAGGCUGGAGAGCAGCUUCUUUGUCAUGAAACCCAAAGUAGACAUCUUUGUCUUUGGAUGGACAACGGAUGACAAGACCAUGUUGUUUUACAGGUACGGCUGCACAUCAUUUCAAACCUGUUUCUGGUUGGAUUAAAGGGGACAUUUUACCAGGGUUUGGACACUCAGGCUGAGUUGCACAUCAUUUAUUGGAGCUUGAUUCAUAUUAUUGACAUAAAGUCCUGCACCUCUGCUGCAGCAGUUUCCACGACUUUUUCUGCAGCACUAAACCACUUCAAAUAUCUCAGAGACUCUACCAUAGGAGUUCCGCUGAAGUAUAAUCUGCUAAACCAGGGGGAUUUUCUCAAGCCAGGGAUUAUACUGCUGUUUGGUGCUUGUUGGUAAUUUUAGCCUUAAUUAUAUAAUAAAGUAGCAAAACCCUGUAAACAUGUUCUCUGAGAUUUGGAGCAGAUUAUAGGCAGUCGGACAGACUAUUUCCUUUGAAGGCACUUACGUGUAUUUUUCAGGGUGAAUUUCAUUUUAUUUUUACUCAGAAUAUCAGGGUUUAUCAUAUAGCAAGUGACAACAAACAUAUUCUCCCUCAUUAAAACACUUAGAAUUUGCUGGUUUUACUAUUACAACUUUUGUAAUAGUAAAACCACACAUGAGAAGAAAAUACUCCCAAGUCAGAAAGGUGUUUUAUGCAACACAUGUCAUAUAGUAGAAGUGUCAUUUAGCUGAAUCAUAGUUCUAAAUCAGUCCAGAGCCCGAAAACUAUUAAGAGAAAGCUUAGCAGAACAUUAGCUCAGAUUUUGUGUGCUGAUAAACACUGUACAUAAGUAGUCAAUAUGCAUUCUCUUAAUAAACAAUAAUAAGCUGUUUAUUCAUCCUUUUCAGCUUGUUGUGUAUAAUAGGGCAUGAUGCACAUGUACUA